GGAUUGGUCUCGAUGGAGGAGUGAGACGCUGAGAAGAGCGACAGAAACCAGCAGCAGAGUGGAGUGACAAACUAACGGGGUUGAAGACACAGAGUUGGAAGUUUGAGGGAGUUUGUGAUGUGGAGGUUUACCUUGAACCCCUGAGAACACCUCCCUCAGCCCCACCCACACCUCCAUCAGCCCCGCCCACACCUCCCUCAGCCCCACCCACAACUCCAUCAGCCCCGCCCACACCUCCAUCAUGGCUGACAACAAACGCUCAGGUGUGCCUUCCCCCGCCUUCUCUUCGCCUGCUCACCACAAUGGUGGGAUUGGGGGGGCGGUACCCAAAAGUCCUAUGACCUCUCACCAAAAUGGCAGUCUGGACCCAGGACCAGGACCCCAAAGUCCCAGUAACACCAGUAGCAGGAUGUUGACCUCCACGUCACCCCUGAGGACUCUCAGGACUCUUGGAGGCCUGGUGAAUCCAGCAGGUACUGGCCCCGAAAGCAGCUCCACCAGACCCCGGGGUCAGAGCCUUGGCUCUGCUUUGAGCUCCAGAAUGAGAAUCGCAACGCCAAGAAGCAAGCGCAGGAGCGGCCAGCAGGAGGAGCCGGAGGCCCUGUUGGACCUGAUUCUGGAGUCUCAGUGUCAGAGACUGGAUGACCAAAGAGCCAGCCUCAGUCUGCUGCCUGAUCCAGGACCAGAUACUCUCUGUGGGGCCUGCAGUCCAGAUCACCCCCCUGUGCCCAGCCUGGACUUCUACUACAUGCUCAUACACUAUCAGUCUGACAGGAUGGAGGACCAGAGGUGUUCCCUCCCAGACCUGGAUGAUGUGCUCAGUCCGGUUCCUGAGGGUCAGGAGGACUUCUUCUCUUUGGUCCAGAGAGUCCAGUCCAGGAGGAUGAACGAGCAGCGAGCUUCACUGCUGCUGAGAAACAGCGAGGAUGACCAGGACGCACACUCAUCAUCCCUCCAUCAUCAUCAUCAUCAUCACUGAUGAAGACCAGAGUCUGGUGGGGGUGGAGUGACUGACUUCUAGUUCCAUUUAAGGAGUAGCAUCUGUUGUUGUGUUGAGUCUGGAUCUGGAUCCCCAUGGCUUCAGGAUUUGGACUGAAACCAGAAUCCAGACCCCAGUGAUGUGGAUCCUGAUGAUCCUGAAGGCUUUCAGGUCUGAGUCUUCCAGAGCCCGGACUCAGACCCCAAGAGGUCGGGUUCAGUAGAGACUGAAGGAUUUAGUUUGAACUGCUUUCAGAAAUAAUCUCCAUUUAUACUAAUACACCUGUAACACAUAUCACAUGACCAGGUGUCAACAGGAAGCAGAGCGUUGGUUUCUUUAGGAAAUCCUUCAGCAGAAGAAGAAAAGUCCGAGCAGAGGUUUCUGAAACUGACUCUGAGGUGGGAAAGUUCCUGAAAUAGUGGUUUGGAUGUUUGGAAGUUGUUUUAAAGCAAGCUUGGUGACAUUAGAAUAGUACUGGAAGUGUUAUACAUCAGCAAAGGACGCCAUGGAGAACACGUGAAGUCUGUCCCAGCAAACAUGCCCGUGCAGGCCCACAGUGGAUAGGUGUGGGUCAACUCAGCCCGCACAUGGCCCACAGCAGAUUUGCCCUCUUAGGAUGCCAAGAGGGAAUUCUGUGGGCAACCCACUGUGGGCUUGCCCACACAAAACCCAUGUAGAGGCCAUGCUUGCAGGGGUGAGCCAAGGUUUGACUUGAUCAGAAGGUGAACGUGGAUGUCCCUGUAAUGCUGGGGUAGCGUAAAAGUAGUGAAGGUUAACGAGACGUAUCCGUGCAGAAGUGGUUGAGGUUGGAAGGACUGCUGAAACCCUCACAGGUUCAGGACACUAAUCAUUAAGUCAUGUGGUUGAUGCCUGUCAUAGUAUAUCUGAAGGCACCUCUGAAGAUGGGAGGAGGUGGGCUCCGCAGCCAGAUUCUGGUAGUUGUGGGAUUUCUUCAGGUCUCAGCUGGCACCUGGAGACGGAAGUUUGUCGACCCAGACUUUCAGCUCUAAGAGUGCUGGCACUGUAAAUGAAAAUUGUCUGUUUUAAUGAGUUAAUUAACUUUAUUAGCUGUAGCUCCUCUCAGCAUCAGUACCACCACCGCCAUGACAGCCAUUUACUUCCUGUUCAUUCUGUGGUCCCUAACCCAAACUAACAUGUUGACUGAAUGCAUUUCAACAGCAUACCUCCUGUGAUGCAUUCACUGACCUGUGUUUCUCAUGUUUCACUUCAUCCCCAAUUUUCUUCUGCUUCUGAACAGCGGCAGCAGAGGAUUGUGGGACCUGUUUUUUUUUGUUUGUUUUUUUUGUUUGGGCUCAAACUGCAGGGUUACAUCAUCACACUGAGCUACAUGUAUGUAUUUCACAUGUUUUAGUUCUCAUGAUACUAAAUAUGACUUAAAGUAGACACGAUCCUGAUCAGAUGCCCAAUCAGCGGCUGGAAUCUCAUCCUGCACCUCUGACCUGUGACCUGUACCUGGACUGUGUCCUGUCUGUCUCCUGUUUAACCCCGUAGUGACCUGAGUCUGUAGUAACCGAAUAGACAUUUAACCUUCUGGUGAUGAUUUAAAGUGUUUCUCUAACAAACAUCUCUUUCAAACACACGGAUCAGACAGUCGUGAUAUCUCCCAUGUGUAAACACCUGACAUGCUUACCAACCAGAGGAGUCCGUCUGGACCCGAAGCCUCUCUUUGGCCUCUGACUUCUGUAAACUGGAAUGUUUGAUCAUAAAGAGAGAUGUCACUUCCUGUGUGAGAGGAUCAAAUAAAG